GAGCCCCGUCGCGAAAAAUAGCGUUCAUUGUUUAUGUUAUGUGCUCGUGGAUGGUUUUUUGUUUGAAGUUGUGACCGACUGCAGACAAUUUUUAUUCCCAAGUGCUGUUCAGUGGAAUAUUUUGCGUAAAAUGACGAGUAACAAUAAGCCGAAAAAGGUCGAUUUCAAAAAAACGAAAAGGAAACCCCUGACGGAAACCGUCACCAAGCAGAAUUCGUGGAAAACGUUGGCCGUGUCGUUUACCGGCUUAACUAUUCUUGGCGUUGUGGCCGCUAUUACUUAUCAGGGCUAUCUGGAAACCAGAGUUUCGACACCGUUUAGCCAACACAAGCUCGUAUCUGAUGGCGGAGAUGACGGCAUGUUAUGGGGCUCAUACCGGCCCGGUGUAUAUUUCGGCAUGAAAUCUAGAGAAGAACAUCCACUCUUAACUGGCUUAAUGUGGUAUCUCCCGAGCCAACUCAGGUCCCUGUCGGAUAUAAGGUUAGUAUACUGUCGUACCGUGUCCUCAUGGCGCCCUUGGCGAACUGUCUUUUGAGAGCUCCUUAGUCAA